UGGAAAGGAAAUAUGUCUACCAAAAGUCCAAAAUCUCCCGGCCGUCUGCUCCUCCCCACGCGGUAACCCUAGCAGCUCGGCACUCCCUCUGCUCCCCGACUCCCUCGAGGUAUUACUCUCGCUAUCGGUCGGGCCCUCGAGCGCGGAAGAUGGCGGAUCAGGAGACCCCAGUUGCAGUCGAGGCACCUACCCCGGUCCUUGGGGAGCCGAUCGACUUGAUGACUGCUCUGCAGCUUGUCAUGAAGAAGUCAGGUGCUCAUGAUGGCCUUGUUAAGGGUCUUCGCGAGGCUGCCAAAGCCAUUGAGAAGCAUGCUGCUCAGCUUUGUGUGCUUGCCGAGGACUGUGACCAGCCUGAUUAUGUCAAGCUGGUGAAGGCUCUCUGCUCUGAGCACAAUGUUCACCUGGUUACGGUGCCUAGCGCCAAAACUCUUGGCGAAUGGGCUGGGCUUUGCAAGAUUGAUUCUGAGGGCAAGGCGAGGAAGGUCGUAGGCUGCUCCUGUGUUGUCGUCAAGGACUAUGGCGAAGAAUCUGAGGGCCUUAACAUAGUGCAGGAGUACGUCAAAUCGCACUAGAUACAGUGCAUCAGUAUCGGGAACUUGUGUUCUACACUACCUUUAAGACCUGAGUUUAAUUUUGUGCUUGGUUCUUGGGCCUUGCUAGGAGAUUAGAACAAUUUUCAAGUGUGAGCCAAGGAGUGAUGUGAACGAUUUGGAUAUCUCAAUUCUUGUUUGAAGUGUUGUCAUCUGGUGUUAAUACAAAUCUCAAGGGCUCGUAUUCUGCUCCUGUUCUUGGUUAUCAUUCCAUGUCAACUGCUGCCCAGUCGUUUGUGGUUUGCCUGUUUAGGGUGUUUGUGAAUUGUGAUGUACUCAGUCUGAUUGAAAUUAGGAGUAUUUUGUUUCA